AUGUUUUAGUUUUCUUUUUUGGAGAUAAUAUUAUACUUGGUUGUAAUCUUGGCAUUGCUAAUUUUAAAACCAUUAUUCCAAAUUUUGCUAAUGAAGAUAAAAUAUGGAAAGAAAAUGUAUAUGAUUUAUUUUCCAUUGCUUGGAAGAGGCAGAUAAUUUUAAAAUUAGAUUUAGAAAUACAAUGACCUUUAUCAUUUCGAAAAGAUGAUUCCCUAAGAGAAUCCUGAAGUUGAAAUGAUUGUGAGCAAUUCAUUUAUGGGAUUGACACAUGUAUUUUUGAAACCUGAUCAUAUUAAAUUCAUCCUCUAGAAUUAAGAUCUUUAUAAAAAGGCAACAAAAGUAUUUUUGUUUGGUGACAAAAUGUUUUACAAAGGUUUGUUUUAUUUAUUCUUAUAAUUAGGUUUGGUAUUCCAAGAAGGAGAUGAAUGGAAAUUGGCUAGAAAUGUGCUUUCAAAAUCUUUUGAAUUUGAUUAGCUAAGAGCAAGAAUACCGUUAAUAAAACGACUAUGUGAAGAGAAGUUCUAAUCAGUUCAAGAGAAUGAACCUAUUAAUAUUAUAAACAUAUCAGGUAACAUAGUUGGAGAAGUGAUUACCCAGUCCUUCUUUAGUCAAAGUUUCAAGGAUCUGAAUGGGAAAACAUUCUUAUCUGAAUUAGUGAAUGUUUUGGUAAGCAUCAUCUCACAAUACAGAGAAGCACCAUAUCGAUGCAUAUCAAGAGCCUUUAUUUUUGGAGAAUCGGAUUAUCCAGAUUGGACCUUAUCUAGUGUUGAAAAGUAGCUUUUAGCAAGACUUCAAAAUAUCAAAGAAAUCUUGAGGGUAUCAAUCAAAGAAAGAUAAUAAAUGUAAAAUAAACCAGCUGACUUUUUAACAGCAUAUAUUAACACAAUAUGUAAAUAAUAGAUAUUACAAUUUAGAACAAAAUCCAAAUUUGACUGAAGAACAUGCAAUUCAAUAAUAUAUAAUGUUAAUCUUUGCAGGUAUAGAUACAACAAGUCAUCUAUUUGGGGCAUGUUGUUAUGCUUUGUCUAUCCAUCCUGAAUGGCAAAAAAAAUUGAGAGAAGAAAUUCAAAAGUAAUAUGGAACAUAUGAACAAUUAAACAACGAAAAUAUUAAUAUAUCAAGCUUUAUUACCAAUUUUAUCAAUGAAUGUAUGAGAAUGUAUACUCCUGUUCCGUAUUUUGUUGAGAGGGAAGUUAAAUAAGAUCAUAAGGUUGGAGAAUACUUUUUGAAAAAGAAUUCAUAAGUUUAAUUGUGUAUAUUGCCAAAUAAUUAUGAUGUAAAGAAUUUUUCAGAUCCUUUUAAAUUUAAUCCUGACAGAUGGAAUAAAUAGAUUAUUGAUCCAUUUAUAUUUUUACCAUUUUCAACUGGAAAAAGAAAUUGUAUAGGCUAACAUAUGGCAUUAAUGGAAGUAAAAUGCUUAUUGAUUUAUUUAUUGAUGAAUUUUGAAGUGAGUCUUUCAGGUGAAAAACAAGUUUGGUCUAUGAAAUUUGUCUAUACAAUUUAGGAUGACAAAUUCAUCUAAUUGAAAAGAAUUGCAAAAUGA